ACCGGAGCGCUCCCGCGGGGGGAGUGGAGUCUGAGAGGCGGCGCCGCAGGGGACGGAGGGACGGGCGCAGUGUUGGGUGUCCUAGCUUUUUCUCCAAGGCCAGCGCGGAGGACGCGAUGUCGGGGCUCUUCCGCCCGCUGCUUUUGGCCGCUGGCUGCCUGGCCACGCUCUGCGUGAUGACCGCGGCUGAGGACACCACCCUGGCCCUGAACGAGACUGCACCCUCGGUUCUACCGAACACCACCACGACAGCCCCGGUGCCGCCGCCGACGCUUCCGGCGGUCACCACUCCAGCACCAGAAAUCUGUGAAAGCCGCAACAACUGUGUUUCCUGUUUUGAUGCUAAUGCUGCUAACACUACCUGCUUUUGGAUAGAAUGUAAAGCAGGUGAAAGCUACUGUUCAGAUAAUUCAACAGUUAGUGAUUGCAAGGUGGUGAACAGCACGGAAUUCUGUACUGUGCCCACUGCCACAGCAUUGCCAACCAAUUCUACAGCUAAAACCACAACUCUGCCUUCCCCUUCUACAGCUUCCACCACAGCUACUACAUCAGGUACAACUAAUACCACUUUAACUCCGACUUCACAACCUGCGCGGAAGUCUACGUUUGAUGCAGCCAGUUUCAUUGGAGGAAUUGUCCUUGUCUUGGGUGUGCAGGCUGUAAUUUUCUUUCUCUAUAAAUUCUGCAAAUCUAAAGAACGAAACUACCACACUCUGUAAACAGACCCGCUAAAUUAACAAGGACUGGUGUGUAACUCACUGAAACCAAAAUAUUAUCUUUCAAGAUGUCCCACAUGGAAGACGCUAUUCUAGGAUCUUUAAUUUUUCAAAGGAUGUAUAUAGGAGCAUCGCCCUUGAAGAAAAAUCAGUUAAAUCUAUUUGCUCAACGGGAAUAUUUAAAAUAUUCUGCAUGAAUCCUUGUGGCUGUCUUCUUUUAUUUUAAAUGGCUGCUGCUGUGGGAUUAUGUUCUCUCUUGACAUGCCAAAUGUAACUCUGUAAGUGAUGGAAAACAUUGUCCUGCUCAGACAACCUCAUGACUCUUUUGGCAAUUUACAUGUAGUCAUUUUAAAGCCUGAAAGCUGCAUUUUUUCAUCCUAACUCAGGAUGUAGUUUAGUGACCAGAAUUGAGAAGAAUGUGCCAAAUGAGCAUCAGUCAGGUGGAUUUUGGGCUGUCAUUGCAAAAGUGGAAUAAAUUUAUAAAUUUAGUAUCUUUAGAGUAAAAUUUUGUGCUUGAUAAGUUAUUUUUUCUACAUUAGAAAAAAGAUGCCAUACAGGGAAUUACAUUCCAGAUUUAAAGAAAUGAAUGGAAAGGAUACAAAACAAAGUGUAGCAGGUUAUUGUUCAUACUUGUAAAGCACCUUAUAUCAUUGAGAAAAUAAAGAACAGUGCCUUAAAAGACAGACUGAAAGGUAGACUAACUUAAAAUGUUGGUGAUUUGUUCUUUCACAUUAAUGAAGGGAAAGGUUGGUCUGAGGAUGUAACUGUUGAUGUGAGCAGUAGUAAACCUGCUUUUAGAUACCAUACUGUUAGUAUUUAAUUGAAAACGUACCUACUUUAUUUCAAGCCUGAGUAACUUAAAGGAUGUUAUACAAAGUCAAAAGCCUUCAUCUAUUGAAUCUCCCAGCAUUUUGCUUAUGGCUGUUAAAAAGUAUAGAGAUAAAGUUGAUUUAAUUAUAUUUUCCUUUGUACUUCAACAAAUUAUCCUAAAACUGUUGUACCUUAAAAGGAUUUCCACGAAGCUUUCUGGAAAAGUAACUUCUGUAAGGCAAGAAAGAAAGAAGUUGUUUUAGAAUCAUUUAUUAACUCUUUAAAUGAGACAAUCAUUUUAAGUUUUGAGACAGCAAAUGUGAGCAGUGUAAUUUCAGAAAAAAUUUUAGUUGAUCAGAUUACUGUACAUUUUUAAUGAUGAUUGCCCUGGAUAAACAGGUUGUACUUUUUCUUUCUCCUUUUCCAUCCUUUCUUCUUCUCAGUUUCAAUUGCUGUAGUAUAAUAAGCAUGCAUACUUUUAUUUCUUUAGCUUCCUUAUGAAGCACUAGUUUUUUCAGGUUUAGAGGGAUACUUCUUCCCUGCCUUUGACACAUUGGAUUAGUUCAGAGGCUUAAAUCAGUUUAAAAUGAGCUUUUGCUUUUCUAGGUCAUAAAGGUUUUUUGUUUUAGUUUCUUUAGCCUAUAGUGGCUGUGUUUAGCACUUGGUUUUCAAUAUUUUAUAGUAAGAAAUGACAAGUUGCUUUGGUCCAUUUCAUAAGCCAAAAUUCCUUACAUUUAGAUAAUUAAAGGUUCUUAAAAUGAA